AUGAACUUGUCCGAGAUGGAGGCAAAAGUUCGAGAAGCUACCAACAAUGAGCCUUGGGGCGCUCCAACUUCUUUAAUGGCACAGAUUGCCGCAGGAACAUAUAACUACAGGGAGCGUGAGGAGAUUCUCAGUUUCAUUUUCAGGAGAUUCACCGAAAAGGCCGCGAAUGAGUGGAGACAAAUUUAUAAGUCUUUGCAAUUAUUGGAUUACUUGUUGAAGAAUGGAUCGGAAAGAAUCAUUGAUGAUGUUCGCGCCAAUAUUUCAUUGAUACAGAUGUUGAAGUCUUUCCACUACAUUGACUCCAAAGGCAGGGACCAAGGCAUCAAUGUGAGAAACCGGUCGAAAACCUUGGUUGCAUUUUUGAACGAUGAUGCCAUGAUUAGACUGGAGCGGAAAAAGGCCAGAGCAAACUCAAAGAAGUUUGGCGGCGUUUCUUCUGCAGCUUAUGGCGGUGCUUCGUCCAUUGCCGCAAGCGGCGGAUUUGGGGGAGACGACGACUUUACGAAUAGAGUCUACGGUGACGGUGGGGUUUUCGGUGCCAGAUACGAUGAUCCGGCAAGUGCGUACAAUAAUGGCGCUACAGGAACAGAAACCUUUGAAGAGUAUAAUGUUGAAGGAAAUUCUCAUACUUCCAAGCCAACUACAAGCUCUUCUGCAGUUCAUGCUACUCUGUCCAAGGACAAAGCACAACCAAAAGCUCCAGAGGAGGACUUAUUGGGCGACUUGGUGUUCGACAAUGGCACUGCAGGUUCUUCUUCUGCUGCCCAAGCUCAAGACGAAGAUGACGAUUUUGACGACUUCCAAACUGCUCCUUCCCUGUCUACCAACACAGGUUCGCUUACAGACAACUUGGCCAAUCUCUAUGUUUCGCAACCCGCUGCACCUCAGCCAACUCCAUUGUCUCAACCCAACUAUGCACCUUCCGCUGUGAACACUUUUGGGCCUACCAGGGUGUCUUCUGGCCCUGCGAAAGCAUCCAAUGAUGCAUUCUCGUCCUUAUUUACGAGCGCUAAAACAAAGAAGAACACCACCACACCCUCCGCAACUAAACCUGCUCAAACAGCCAGCGACGAUUUUGGUGGCUUUGCCUCUAACAGUACAAGUCAGCCUGUAUCUAACAACAAAAACGUUACUAGUGGUGAGAUCGACUUGUUGAGCUUUUGA